UUGCCGGACAAGGAAUGCGGAAUGCGACCGUUGCGCCAGCAGCUGGGAGCGAUUAUGUCAGCAAUCGGUCUUGAGGUCGUGACUUCGCGUGCAGAGUAACAACAAGCACCAUGUUUCGCCAUGACGCGUCGCAACAGAAAUUGGUCGCUGUCGCUGCGACCGCCUCACCUUCACUUGGCUGCGCAUUUGGAUAAGCGCCUAUUUUGUAAUCCGCCAUGUCCGUGAGAGGCCCACGUGGAGGCCGUGGUCGCGGCCGCGGCGGUGGCAGAACAAUGAUAUGGGAAUGGGAGACCUAUAAACCGUCGCCGUCCGUCUAUGAGAACCUUUGGCACGUCCGCCAAGCGCCUGUCGCCGUCACGCCGCAUGUGUCUAACGACUGUCCUAUACCUGAUGCUCGCACGCGCAUCAUCGAGCGCCGCCAAACCGAGGACUCCUUCGAACGCAACUUUUACUUCGUCGAGAUCACGUACUUAGGUGGCCAGGAGCCGACCAGCACAUGGGUGCAGAGCAGCGACAAUAGCGAGAAGAGCGGGACUGAAGUCGAAACCGUUGAUGUUAGCAGGAUCUUGCAGUAUGUGAGUCCCCGCGAGCUUGAGCGGUUCGAGAACGAGCAGUUCAGGAUUGAGGCCGAAGCACAGGCGGUGGCAGACAGAGAGGACGAAGAGGAGCAGAUCAGAAGGCGCAUGCAGAAGAAUGCGCGCGCAGGCGGUGGAAGAGGUAGAGGUGGUCAUAUGCUGGACAGCUUUGGCAUCGAUCCUGAGCUGCAGACAUCAAACACAUCGAGAGGCCGUCCAAAGGGAAGAGGGCGUGGGAGAGGUAGAGGAAGGGGCAGCUGGCGCGGAAAAGGUGGGUUGUUGUCUGGCGCAAUGAGGAGCCUCGAAUUCGUGCAGGACGAGAUCGUCGACAGCGAGCCUAGUGGGACUAAGAAUCACGAGCCGCCGAUAUCACGAGACGAGAUUGCAGAAACUAGCUCCGAAUCUGAGAACGACCUGCCAGGACCAUCGUCGCCAGGUCUCAUGCGCUCGGCCUUCAUAACCAGCAGCGCGCUGCCUCUGUCUCCUGUACAGCCUCAUCGGCCUGUUUCUCCAAACCCACUACGACGCGCCAACCCGGAAGUUCCAGACAUUGGCACUGAUGCCAAUUCUGAGGAGAGUGAACAUGAUUCCGUGUCAAGUGCUGCCAUGCAACUCCAAUUUGAGGACGACCUUGGCGAAGUCGCGAUCGCAGUCACUGUAUCGGAAGGCUCAGACGAGGGAGAUGGUCACCGACGGAAACGAUACAAGACAGAGAGCAUGACACCGCAGCAUACCCUCAUGUUUCCGCGGUCAUCCCAGAUCGAAGAAUCAACCUCAGAAAGCGAAGACGAUUCUGUACCUGCAGACCCUCCACCGACCAUCAAAGGGCACAAGAAUCACGACGCCAGUCUCUAUACCCACACAACAGUUCCUGCUAGCUUGUCAGCCCCGCACGAGAGGGCAUUAAGUGUGGACGAGACGCCUAGUGUCAGCGAGGACGACGAGGACGACGACGACGACGACGACGACGCAGAGGAGUAUAUUGUCGAAGAGAUCAUCGAGCACUACCAUGACGAAACCGGCAGGAAGUUCUACCUCGUCAAGUGGGAGGGUUACAAGGACAGCCACGAUUGGCUGCCUGAGGAAGAUCUGGCAGGCGCUGCUGAGCUAGUGACAGACUAUAACGAAAAGGUCAGGAGGCGGAAAAGAAAAGAAGCAGUCCAGUGACGAGCAGAAAUACAUUAUUGUCUACAUAUUGGUCGCGGAAUGUGAACGAUGAUUGAGCCCAAUGUUUUUGCAGCCAGACCCAGAGCUUGCCAACAUAGCCGGAGAUCCCACAUCGUGGAGCGGAGAACACGUUCACAGCAGGCUUCGGGAUAGAGCACAGCGAGAUCAUCAAUCUUACAAAUUGAACUCAAUACGAAGUUACCGACGUGAACAUAGGUUUGCCUAACAUCUCAUAAUCCAUAUCCCUCCACACUCACACAGGUACAUCUCACUUCUUGCCCUCAACGCUGUACGCCGGUGGAGCAUCUCCAUAUCCAUCAUCUGCGCCCUCCUCAGUCAGCGCCUCCUGCGUCUUCACCUUUACCUUCCGAUCCUUGUGCACGCCCGUCUGAUUCCUCGCGUU